AUGGGAAGUACGGAAGAAGUAUCACAGGAAAGAGCUGAAAAUUCUAUUCAAGUUUCUAUGACAAAGAAACCAACAUUCUAUGCAAGAAUAGGCAAAAGGAUGUUCACAGGAAAUGAAGAGAAAAAUCCAUUUGACGAGGUUAUAAUAACAGGUUUAGGCAGUGCCACUAAAAUUGCAAUAGGUGCAGCAUCAAUUAUGGAAAAGGAAGAUAUUGGUCAAAUAAUUAAAAUACAAACUGCUUAUUUUAGUUCAGAUAGAAUAAACCGAAGGAUACCCAAAAUAACAAUUGUGUUGAGGAAGCACCCAGACUUCGUUGCAAGUUAA